UCUGAAGAAACAUCUUAAAACUUCAAAAUUUCAUCUUUUUUAGUUACUGCAUUUUCUGUAUCUGUUAUAAACAUCAAAUAAAUAGGUCAUAUUCAGUCUUUCAGCUGAAUGUGAGCAUUAAAAUCCUGCCUAUGAAACCCAUUCUUCCUUCCACUUGCAGGGCGAAAUGCACUCAGAGUUCCCGGUUACACUUAUUGCCUUUUACCACGUCAUGGGCAUCUAUGUGGUUGGUUUCCUCAGUUCCCUCUCUGCAGCUAUCAUUUACUUCCUCUACAUCCAUUUAUACAGAGUUUCUUUUACUUCAACAUUGAUAUGGUCGUUUGUCUUUUUAAUGCUACUGUAUUCAUAAAUUUAUCACUGUAACUCCAAGAUAAUGGUGGCUUAAUGUUGCUGAGGUGAACUACUAUGAUCUAUUUCUCAGUUGCAUUUAUUGCUCAUUAUCAAUCUUUUGUGCAGGUUGGAGUGGCUGCCUUUGACCUGAGGUUAGCCUCACUUCAUCUUUCACAGUACAUUGAAACAAGCAGUUCGUAACAAAAUAUGAAGACUCUACUACAUUUUUAUGAUCCCAUGGUGAUCAUUGCCCACCCAAACAAGCUCGCACCAGAUGGUAUGGUUGGAGUUUCAGAGCUGGUUGAUAGAUGUUAUACAUCAACCAAGAAUGUUAGCAUGGCUCAUGGGUGCUUUGAUGAUACUAAGGGAGCUGUGAUGGUUAAAAGUUUGGCUGCCAAGGAACCAUCUGCUCUUGCCUUGGAUAUUUAUUGCAAGCAGUAUUAUCUCUGUUUGGCUGCUGCUGCUGCUACUAUCAAAUGGUAAUCCAAUUCUGCAUGCAUUUCAGUUCUACCUAUUUUUCUAUUCAUGUUGUAACUUCCACUCAAGAGCAUAUCUGAUAUAGAGUGGAUGAUCCCAACCAACAAUGAAUGAGAUUAACGCCUCCAAAAGAGGAAG